AUGGCGAACGUCAUCCCACUCACCUUCCGCAUCGCCACUCCGGACGAUGCGCCGCAGCUUCAACAACUCGUGCAAGCCGCCUUCCGUGCCGAAGACAGCCGGGCGGACUGGACGGCCGACAUGGAGCUCGGAAGAUCCUUCCACUACUCCGUCGAGGAAGUCCUGAAAACCAUCAACCACCCCGAAGCCGUGGUCAUCAUGGCCAUCGACCAGGACGGGGUCCUCGUGGGAUCCGUCGAUGCCAUCAAGCGCGCCGACGGCCUCGCUCGCUUCGCCAUGCUCUCCGUGGAUCAGACCCGGCAGCGCGGAGGCGUCGGACGACGGCUCCUCGCCCACGCCGAGGAGCACGCCCGUCAAUGGGGCGUCGAGACUUUUGGCCUGAACGCGCUCUCGUCGCGCGCGAGCCUCCUUGAGUGGUAUGGGCGCUGCGGAUACACCAAGACCGGGGAGACCUCUCCGUUCCCGGUUGAUCGUUUCCCUCAACUGGAUUUGCCGAAGGACUUGUGCUUCGUUGAGCUAGAGAAGAAGGCGUAG